UCAGAUUACGGGGGUGGAGACAUGAGGAAGGCUUACAUAGCCACCCAGGGCUGCCUUCGAAACACCAUUGGCGAUUUCUGGAGGAUGGUUUGGUGUCACAACUGCAUGAUCGUUGUACUAAUGACUAAACUUUCAGAGAAAACUAAAUCUGGGGUGUGUUCUGUCAAUUAUUUAUCAACUAAUCAAUUACGUGACCACCAAUUAACUAAUUAA